CUUUGAUCAGCCUUCUCUCAGACUCCCACCCCUGGUCCAUCUAUACCUAUUCCCUGAGAGAUCGGCCUAGUGACCAGUUGUUCAUUGUAACUAAUCGAUAAACAGGUGCGAAGUGUGGGAGAUGACGCGUCACGACAUCCUUACCCUGACAUCUUCUCCUCUCUCAUCAAUAUGGAGCCUCAAGAAGUUCAGCAGCCUAUAAUCGAAGAGGCGUCAUUCACGGUCGCGCAUCAAAAGGUCGAGCUCGAUGUGAACUUCAGCCAAUAUAUCAGCGGAAGGACCGAGAUCACCAUCUAUCCUGACUCCGCAGACCUCAAAGAGAUCAGCUUGCACGGCCGGCAAUGCGCCAUCAAAAAGGUCUUGGUCAACGGCAUACCGCCAUCGUCGGUACGGCAUGAAGAUCCCUGCGACCAACUCACUCUUCAUUUCCAAGGCUCAGUCUAUCAGCACCACUUGCUGGCGGAGAAGGUGGCGAGAUCGGUCGGGCCGGAGCCAUUGCCAGAUAUUGUCAUAAGCCUACCGAAACGAUUGAAGAUUGUGCCGGUUGUGGUUGCAGAAGUGCACACUCAAGCCGCUGGUUCCAUCAAGAUCACGGAUCCGCAGACUCAAGGUCCUUCUGCUACCGAGCUCACACAGGCGCUGUCAGAUACCACUACUGCGAAAUUUACUCCUCUGACUCUGGUGAUCGAAUUCGAGACAUGUCAUGCACGGGAGACUCUGCACUUUGUCUCUGGCAGAGGCGGGAUCGGUCGAUGGCCCCACGCGUAUACUCGAACCAAGCUGGGGUCUGGCGGUGCCUCGCCCUUGUUUCCGUGCGUGGACGAGAUUAACAGUCGAUGCACGUGGGACAUUUCUAUCAGAUGCCCGAGGACCGUGGGCGAUGCUGUGAACCAAGCUAUGUCGGCCGAUGGUGUGCGGCCUAAUCGAGACGCAACCGCAAAGGAUUCGUCUCGCCAAAGCUACGGAUCCAAGGAAAUGAUCGUGGUCUGCUCGGGCGAGCUCACCGACGAGAUACUAGACAAGGGCGAUCCAACAACGAAGACGAUGUCUUUCUCCUGCUCGCAACAACUAGCGCCGCAGCAGAUCGGCUUUGCCAUCGGUCCUUUUGAACAGGUCAAUUUGAGCGAACUCCGUGAUGCACAAGAGGUCGCUGACAUCGGCCGCAACGCCGUCGAGAUGCUAGCAUAUUGCUUACCUGGACGAUCAGAGGAGACCAAAAAUACCUGCUUACCAACGACGAAGGCCAUGGACUAUGUUGUGCAAAAAUACAUAUCCUGUCCUGUCAGAUCUUAUGCCAUGUGUUUCGUCGAAGAAGCUCCAUCAGACGUCUCCGUUUUUGCAGGUGUAACAAUCUGCAGCACUCGAAUUCUGUAUCCGGAGGAGGUUAUCGACCCUGCACAGGAAGUUACGAGAAAGCUAGUGCACGCCAUUGUCUCCCAGUGGAUCGGUGUCAACAUUGUCCCCGAAAGUCCUCGAGACAAUUGGGUCAUUGUAGGAGGUGCCUACUUUAUCACCAAUCUCUUCAUGAGAGAGCUCUGUGGGAACAACGAGUACCGGGCUUAUAUCAAGCAACAAGCGGACCGUGUUGUAGAGCUAGACUACGAACGGCCUUCGAUCUACGAACUAGGCGCCGUCACCUACGUGGACCCGGCAGAGAUGGAGUUUUUGGCCACCAAAGCACCAGUCGUACUUUUCAUUUUGGAUCGCCGUAUCGCAAAAAAGGAGGGCACUUCCAAGAUGCCCGGCAUCCUGGCAAAGCUGCUUACCAAGGCUCGAACGGGGGACCUAGAAAACAACGCGCUCUCGACAGAGCUGUUCCAAAAGACUACUGAAAGGAUGGGUCACGAUAAGAUCGAUGACUUUCUGGCUCAGUGGGUUAAAGGAUCGGGGUGCCCUCGAUUUUUCGCCCAACAAAGAUUCAACAAGAAGAAGCUGGUCGUGGAGAUGAGCAUUAGACAAGAACAAGCUUCACGUGAAACUGUGCGGGAUCUGGAUCCCGACAACUUCAUGCGCGACGCUCGCGAUGACUUCUAUGGAGUAUGGCCUGCAACCGGCCAACAAGUAUUUACUGGCCCGAUGACAAUUCGAAUUCAUGAAGCGGACGGCACUCCUUACGAACACAUUGUGCAAAUCAAGGACGCGAACACUGUCAUGGAAGUCCCCUACAACACCAAAUAUAAGCGCCUGAAAAGAAGCAAGAAGCAGAGGGCUCGAGCUAACGCCAAAGUUAUCACUGAACAGGGGGAGGAGGAGAACGACUCUCUCGUCUAUUGUCUGGGUGACGUACUGCAGACUGAAGAGGAAAUGGCCAGUUGGCGGAUAAAGGAGUGGACAUCUGAGCAGGAAGACAAGAUGAACGCUGAAUCGUAUGAAUGGAUUCGACUAGACGCCGACUUCGAGUGGAUUUGCACCAUGAACCUUGCCAUGCCAGGAUACAUGUAUGCGUCUCAGUUACAACAGGACCGCGAUGUUGUGGCACAGAUCGAGUCCAUCCGCACGAUUUCAAGGUAUCCACCUGAUGCAACUACGUCCUCCAUUUUCAUCCGCACCCUGAUGGAUCGUCGGUAUUUCCAUGGUGUUCGGGCUCUAGCGGCAAAGGCGCUAGUUAGGCAUGCCGCAGAAGAAGUUGACAACAUAGGUUUGUUCCAUUUGAAGAAAGCCUAUGAAGAACUGUACUGUGUUACAGACCAGGGCUCAGCUUUGACACGACCGAACGAUUUCUCAGACCAACUUUCAUACAUGUUGCAGUGUGAGAUAGUGGAAGCCGUGGCCCAGGUCCGGGAUGGUCAAGGUCAUUCCCCGAAAGAAGUCAGAGACUUCUUGCUAGAGAAGUUGAAGUACAACGAUAACUCGGUGAACGACUAUUCGGACGCGUUCUAUGUCGCCCGGUUGAUGAAAGCGCUGACUGGCGCAGCAAUCGCACGACCCCAGUACAGCGAGUGGGAUAUUGCCGAAAAUUUUGAAAUCGAAGACGAGAUCCAUGAUCUGAAAGAGUUUGAGCGUCAGUUCCUGGACGAGAUUGACCGGUACCGCCGAAUGGACGAGUGGACGAGUUCAUACCAGAACCUUUACUGUCGAACCGCGCUGGAAUGUCAGGCCAUGCUGGCAGGGGUAGGGAUCGGCCAAUUCUCACCACUGCAUUUCUUGCAAUACACCAGGCCCGGCAACUAUGACAUGCUCCGGCAAACGGCUUAUGAUGUCCUGGUCACGCCGAAGGUGUUCGACCAGCCGUCUAUUCUGCGGUACGUGUUGUAUUGCAUGGUGGCUGACCCUUCACCCUACAUCCGGCAAGGUCUCCAGCGCGCGUUUGGCAAGGUUCUCGGAAGACGAGCUAUUGGCGAGAAGACCAGCACCACCCAACCCGCUGCCGAUUCUCUGAUUAUCGAAGGUGCCGCCGCAGACGCCGACGAGCCCUCGAAGCGGCAAGAAGAGCUUGCCAGGCGGCAGACGCUGGGGGGAGCUGUGAAAGCACUAAGGGAAGAUCUGGGUCAACAUGGCCCUUUGCGAUCGGCUCUGUGGAAUGCCAUUUGUUACGACCAAAUCACGCUGGAAGAUCUGAAGACUCUACUUGACUUCUGCCGCUUGCUGUACCAGCCAGUCAACGAGAUGAAAGUCACACUACGACUACCUCGAUACUGGAAGGUUCAGAAUCUAGGAAAGGGCAAGCUCAAGUUCUCCGAGACACGCAAAGUCCGCAACAAGCCCAUGCCAAAAUGGCAGCCUCCACCACCUCCCACUGCUGUCAUUGUCCCUCGUCCUGAGUUACCGCACUCGCGGCCAAGUAUUGGAGGAGGAAGCGGUCUGAAGUUGAAGUUAAAGGUGGGCGGGAGUGGGAACGACAGUCGCUCGGCGGGUCCGAAUCGUCAACCUUCGAUUUCCUUGUCAAAUCCCACACCGGCACCACCCCCAAUCGCCCAUCACACCAAGCCAGCGCAGCAAAAGCCCGCUCCAAAGCCGCAGACACCUAUUGGAGGCCCAGGUCGUAUUACUCUGAAGAUUCCCAAACGACCGGCUGGAAAUGGAGGUUCCUCGCAAUCUUGAGCAGCACACAUGGCAGAGGCUGUGCAUUUGUUGCUGAUCAAAGUAGUCGGGUGGAAGGAGACUGGAUGUCUUGAGGGCGAGAGCGCCGACUGGCAAAGAUUGUCGGUGGAGGGAACUCGUCACCCUCGCGUAUGUUGCAAAUCCUCCAUAGAUCGACGUGUAACAAUAAUAACGAAGCGCUCCUUUGCUUCGACGCAAUUGUCGCCAGAAGCAUUGCAAAUCG